AUGGCGACGCCGAGCCUUGAAAUACCGGCUGAAUGGAAGAACGAGAUCGACAAGCUCUCGAGAUGGUAUGGGAGCGAUGAAAGAUAUUCGGUCGCUCACGUGCAAUCACCUCCCUCGACCGACGACGGUAGUUGGUUGGCCUUGGUCUUGCAUAUCAUAGGCAUGAGGGCGAGCGGAGAUAAUGGUAUCUUGUCCAGGUACCUCGUUGGUUCGCUCCAAAAAGAAGAGGUGUCAAAAAGCGAAUGGGACAGCGCUGGAUAUUCCGUGGGAAUGAGACCCGUGGUAUCAAGAUACGGUGGUAUCGGAUUCGUCUCGGACUUUAAUUGCAGAUACAAGCUGAUCAUCAUUGACGCCGAUCACUCCAAGAGCGUCGACUAUGCGAUCUCGUUAGUCAAGUUAAGCAUUCUCGCGAAGACCGAACAGACGACUAUUUUGCGCUUCGUCUGGUUGUCAUCUGCCCCCGUUGACAAAGAUUUAGGCAGGAUGCUCGCCGUUGCAACCGACAGAUCAGAGACUCCCGUCACAGCUUUUCGAUUGACACAGCGGAGCAAUUCGUCAAAUUUGUCAAAUUUGAGAUGGAUUCAAUACAAAGCGAGCGACGGGGAAUACCCAGACGCUGUGAUGGAAGCUAUUGCUCCAGCGUAUGCGAUGGUUCAGGACCCGGGGCCGUCGGAAUACAAGAUAACGAGAACGAUAGCCUUCUGGGACGGAGACUCCGAGUGGAAGCGGCAUCAUCUGAGACGAACGCUUCUAGCGGCCGCUCGGAAGUACUUCGCUAACGAGAAAGAUACCAGAUCAAUCUAUAUCACCCCCGGUUUGAUGGGAAGAUCGUUGAAUGAUGCCAAGAACUCGUACCAUUUGAUUAUUCUCAAUAGCGAGAUAAAGGAGGUAUUCGACACAGAGACAUCGCAUGUGGUUCAGAAAUGGGUGGCGAUGUCGAGGGCCAAGAUGCUGACUCAAAUAACUUGCGCCUUGGAUAAGGAUGUUGAGCAGGCGGAUAGAACCAUCCACGCCCAAGUGGCACUACAGGACAUCCUCGACGCGGAACCUAAAAGGGAAUUCGAAGAUAUUCACCUUCCGGUAUUCAUCAUCUAUGUGAUGGAUGAAUGUCCUGAAAUUACUAUCGAUCGUCUUCGUGUUUGCUUCGUUAUCAAGGAGCCGGCAUUCGCUGAGGCUAUCCGUCGGCUUUAUAUGUUGGGGCUCAUCUACUACGGCAUGGAUGGAGUCAGUGUACAUCUCAACAUUUCCCAGGCCCGGAGGACUCUUGACUUCUUAUCAACCACGGGAAACGACUUGUCAGUAGCCUGCUUUCUGAGCUGCAUAACAAAGGACACGCCCGCCACGGCCCGGUCCGCGAUGAUCGACAUUGCGGCUAUCGUGCUCACGUGCCACGCUUUAAAUCCCUUCUUCGUCAUUUCACCCGAUCACUUUGCUGACGAAGAUUCCAUAAACGGGCUAUUGCAGCGGCAUUGCAUAGACGUGCCAAGCGAUGUUAUCAAGAGUGGCGCCAUGUGGUUGGCUUUGGCUAUCUUCCGCCAAUACGAAGAGGAGUGGCAUACUGACAAGGGUUUCAUCAAAUUUGAGGAUGGGACGCUGACUCUUUCAUCCAAUACAUGCCGCAAAAUCAGUUCCCGUGCAAGAAGGAUCGACCAUCGUGUGAACAACUUGAUCCCGGAGGCUCAGGACAACGCAUCAGAAGCGAUGCUCAGAAUUUCUCAUGAAGACGUGGGAGAAAUUCAAAGGUGCAUGGUUCGUGCUUGGGCACACAACGUCCUUCUCCCCGACGGCAGAGGUGGCCUGGACAGCAUCUUUUCUGGGACCUCGAUCAAGCUAGAUCCCGACCAAGGUUUGCGACUUCCUCAGGACGCGCCACUACACGUACUCAGCUUUGGAUUCGCUUUGUAUGAAACGGAGUACUAUGCAUGGCUUCCGACGGUCAUACCGGAACAGAUUCUGUUCGAUACUGUUGGCGAAAUGGGCUGUGACCUGGUGGACUUUGCUACGGUAUAUUUUGAGGAGGACGAUGAAGAUUAUUAG